CUCACUCUACUCUUUUAUUCUCAAUAGAAUCAAAACGUUUCCCUUUCUGCUAAACAGAGAAGGCCAUGCUGUCCCCAACCCCACUCUCCUUCUUUUGUGCUUUACUCCUUUGCUUGCCCUUUGCUCUUAUCAUCUCCAUCACCACCCCUUCCUCCACCGUCACCCCCGCCAUUUCCGAUGAUUCCCCUCAGAACCCACUAAAGCUGUUGGCUUCCAGAACCAAACCCACUCGGGAACUCCGAUCCCCACCUCCACCGCCGUUGCCGGAGGAUGAUGAGUCACUCUUCCGACUUGCAUCUAGAGUUCACUCCAGAUUACCUCUCAGUGAACCCAAGAAAAUUGCAUUCCUGUUUCUCACCGUCAAGCCUCUACCUUUUGCUCCGCUUUGGGAACUCUUCUUUAACAAAACCCCUGCAAAUCUCUUCAAUGUUUAUGUACAUGCCGACCCGAGUUACCCAUACGACCCGCCGUUUUCAGGCUUUUUUGCUCGUCGGUUUAUCCCUUCCAAACCCACUUCACGGUUCACCCCUACUCUCAUUUCGGCGGCGCGUCGACUUUUAGCGCACGCGCUCCUCCACGAUCCUUCGAAUUACAUGUUUGCCCUCCUCUCGGAAUCUUGUGUACCACUUCACUCCUUUAACUUCACCUACGCGACACUGACUCGAUCGAGGAAGAGCUUCAUUGAGAUUCUCAAGAACGAAGUUGGGAGCUUCGACAGGUGGGCGGCGCGUGGACUGGAGGCGAUGCUGCCGGAGGUGACGUUGGAGGAUUUCCGGAUCGGGUCGCAGUUUUGGGUCUUGACCAGAAGGCAUGCGCGGCUGGUGGUUGGUGACCGUAGGAUCUGGCCCAAGUUUGAUCAAACGUGCGUGGUCCUCGAAACGUGCUACCCGGAGGAAAAUUACUUUCCUACCCUCUUGCACAUGCGGGAUCCACGUGGAAGCGUGCCAGCUACGCUGACACAUGUGGACUGGAGUGGCAGCUUCGACGGUCACCCGAGAAUGUACGAGGCAGCCGAUGUAGGGCCGGAGUUGAUUUUGGGGUUGAGAAAGGAGAGGCCUAGGUAUGGUGAUGAUGGGAUCAACGGCUCUGAUUCGUCUGUGACGCAUCGGCAUGACCCGUUCCUGUUCGCGAGGAAAUUCGCUCCGGAAACCGUCGAAUCAUUGUUGAGUUUGGCAAACGACGUCAUAUUAAAGGAUUAGGGCGUGUUUGGCAAUAUUGUAACUU